UUAAAUAUUCUCGUUUAAAAGAUAAAUGUUAUCUUUCUUUUUGUAAUGUUUUUAUUAUAUUUUCUUAAGGGUUAAAAUUACCAAGUGAUAUUUUACGAACAGCAACUAAAAUUGUAGAAAAAAAUAAAUAAAUAAAAAUGGAUAACAUAACCACGUUGAAAAGACCCAAACCAAGUGAUAACGAGGAAGAAUUAUUUCAAAUGCAAGAAGAUUUUUUACAAAACAAAUUACAACCAUCAGCCAAAGUGAUCAAUUUAAGAAAUUCAAAUAUAGAUCAAACUAAUUCUGUACAAAAUUCGACGACUAAAUCUGUAACAUGUUCAAAUGAAAAAAAACUAUCUAAAUUUGCUCAAUUAAAGAAACAAAAAUUAGGAACAGUUUCAACGUCUCAAAGUACAGGUGAAUUAUUAAAUGCAAAUGUCCAAGAAAAAUCUACAAAGAUUUGUGAUGUAGUACAAAAUGUACCAAUAGAUCAUUCAAAAAUAAUUCUUGGAAAUAUAAUAGAAAAGAAAUUGGAUGUGAAGGAUAUGAAAUUUAGUUUCAAUACAGGAUUUAAUAAUAAUUCAGAAGUUGCCUUUCCAAAAGUCUUUGUUUCUGAUACUUAUGAGAGAACGUCAGAUAAACAGAGUUUAUUUUCACAAAAAUGUUCACAAAGGAAAGUAGUUGCUGAUAUUUCUACUAAAAUGGAAUGUGAAGAGGAGUUUGAUAAAACGAAGAAUGAAGAUUCUGAUAUUGCAUUGAAUUCAAUAGCUAAAGAAGUUCAUCAAGAAAAUUUGAAAAUAUUGAAAGAAAUGACAGAAGAAGAAAUACUCAUGGAAAAAAAGAAACUUGAAUCGUCUCUUGGUCCAGAGUUAAUAAAGUUUCUAAAAAAUAGAAAAAAAGUAAAGACUAAAAUGGAAGUAGAUAAAUCAGAUGUUCAAUCAAAUGAACUUGGUAAUGAUAAAUGUGUAAAAAAUAAAGAAAGUGAUAUGGAAGUUAUGGAAUGUGAAAGUAAUAUAGAAAAUAUACCAAAGACUUGCGAAGAAAUUUUAAAAGAGGCUAAGGAUAAGGGUUGGGUUCAUUUGGAUAACGUAGAAGUUGAAAAAUUGCAGUGGAUGAAAGAUAUAACAGAAGUAAAGAAAGAUAAACCUGCACCUGAUGAACCUUACAAUGCUCGAUUUGAUUUUAAAGGUUUAUUACUUCCUUACGAAGAUGAGAGUUUAUCAUGGGAUAAUGGUCUUCAUCAUCAUGGAGAAGAACCAGAACGUCCUGGCUAUUCUUUACAAGAAUUAAUACAACUUAGUAGAUCUUCUAUAAAACAACAACGUACCGUUGCUUUGACUACUAUUGCUAAUAUUUUAGAAAAGAGUAAUAAAGGCUUGUACGACAAAGCUUUGUCACCAGCACCGUUAGUUACGUUGAAUCAAAAUAAUUUCUUACUUUUAUUAAGAUAUUCAUUGGAUGAUACAACCGAAGACGUGAUUAAGGCCGCUCUUCAGACAUUAAGAGCGUUUAUUUUUAGCGAACAAGAUGAGAUUUGUUUGGAUAAAUUAUUUGGUUGGAAAAAAUAUAGAGAACCUGAUUUGCGACCUCCAUCAACUGAUGUCAAAGAUGAAAGUAUAUUGAAGGACCAUGAACUUGUACAAUUAGAUGCUGUUUCUACACUUCUAAGAACAGAUAUUAUUGUAAGAAUAAGAUAUAUCUUGGGUAUUAAAUCAUUUCCAACUGUUGGUUUGGCGUGUGCUCUGGAAAUAUUAACUCGUCUUACAAGAUAUUCACUUACAGUUGCAUUGACUAUUACAACUACUCCAUAUUUGUUGGAUACUAUAAUUAAUAAUUUAAUGCCUAUAUCUGUUAGUGGGAUAGAUUUCAAGAAUCCUGAUGUUCCAUUAGUCGAGAGUGUACGUUUUUGUCGAGUUUUAGUUUAUUAUGGUGGAAAACCAGUUGCCGAAAGAUUAAUUAAAUUAAAUAUAAUUGAACGCAUUUUAUCUUAUAUCGAAGAUCCAGCAACAACCGAAAUGACUCGUGGAAUUGUAUUGAGAAUAGAAAGUUAUAGACUUUGGAAGUUGUUGUUAAAUUACAAUUUAGCUAAGAACAGCUUAGAUGGUAUACAAUUAAGAUUUGUGAUGGAGUUAGAACACUUUUUAAGCAAUCACGAUAUCACAAAGGCUUCAGAAUACGAAUGUGAAUAUGCAAUUGCAAUCAUGGCUGUAUGCAGUACCUUGCCUACGUUUAAGGAGAAAAUUAACUUACUUAUAUUAAAAUGGAGUAGACAAUAUUAUCUAUUAUCACGUAACUGGCAUGCUUUAAAAUUAUUUUCACAAGCAGUGCUAGCUGUUAACGAUUUAGUAAUGUCGUCAAUUCAUUGGGUUGUAUAUCCAUAUAUAUUUGAAGAAUUAUGUUAUAAUUCAAAUUUAUUGAGUACCUGUAUACCUGCUGUUGAACGACAACAUUCCUUCUUGCCAAAUCUUGGAGUAACAACAGAAACAGGCCUAUUACAACCGAUUAUAUCUUCUACUUGCAUUCCAUUUCUAUCAGUGAUACUGGAUAAGUUUAUUCACGAAUCCUAUGAAGAAGGUAUUUGGAAGAUAUUCAAUCAAUUAGGUUUUCAAAAAUAUAUUCAAGAACUUGAAUCAACUAAAUGGGAUUUAGAACGAUCGUGGUAUACGCAAGUAGAGUAUUAUUUUCUUAUCAGUGUUGUCAAAGCUGCACAACUUAUUAGUAGAGCAUUAAAUUCAACGAUGAAACGUAAUAUUUGGAAAAUAUCUGUUAAACUUAUAUCAGCGUUACCAGGAAACUUGUUUAAUUAUGUGAUAGAUAUGUUGGAAAUUGCUUUACUCAAAGACAAAUUAAACGUGCAAUUAGUAACUCAUGAACUAUCGAAAUUAAAUUUAAAUCAUGCCAAUAAUUGUACGAAACAGGACAUAGUUAGUUUGUAUAAAAAGUACAUUGAAAGACAUUUAGAUUGGACUCAAGCAGCAUUGCCUAAAGAUUGGUUUUAUUUACCAUUGGUACAUAUUUAUACAAAGUGUAGACUUAAUGAAAGUGUUACAGAAGAAGAUACAAAUAAUAUUGCAAUGAUAUUAGGUUUAGAAGUAACUUCACCUUAUUUUGUUGCAACGUUAUGUCCAACGUUAAGAUUCAGUAGAUUAGUCUUAACAUAUCUGUGCGAUACGAUUUAUUUAAACAACGAUAUAUCCGUUUUAUUAAAUAUUGCAAUGGAAGAAUUGAUACAAAAGUAUCACAAAAAGUUAAACUUUACCAAAGAUUUACCAGGAUUAAAUUCUUUUGUUGAUUUGUUCACUGCUAUGUGUGAACACUUUUGUUCUACUUCUUAUGGUGAUAAUAAUUUUGCUUCAGUAUUAUUAAUUCCUAUCGCACAGAGACAUGAUCCUCAUUAUAGAAAAUUGUUGUGGUCAGAACAUGCUGGUGUACUUCGAUAUUUGAGAUUACCUGUGAAUAAGUUAAUGAUUCCUUUAGACGAAUAUUUAUAUCCUUUGGAAGAAGAUACAUCGUUGAUUGAAACAUAUAUAACAGUACUCGUUAGAAAUACUAUUAAACCAGAAUGGUGUCCAGUACCAUAUACUAUUGCACUUCAUCAUGCAGCUAUGUAUUUAAAACGUACCACUAAAUUGGCAAUUAGAAUGAAAACACAACUAGAAAAAAUACAUGAUCAAAAGUUGAUUGAUCUAUUAUUAAAUUACKAACAACCACCAAAACUGUAAAG